AUGGCCUCCUCCAUUUUUGCUUCCCCUUCCGCGAGCUUGCAAAGAACGACGACGACGACGACGACGACGACGACGACGACAUUUCGGACGAAGAAGAUCCUGCCUCCACAAGGUCAUUCUUUUCGUCCUUCUUCUUCCUCUUCGCCGUGCGCGUGCGCUACUCGUAACAACGCCAAAAAUGGUCGAGGUGGUGGAGGAGGAUACAUUCGCCGCUCGGGCUCUGUCGUUACGGCGGCGACAGCGAGCGCGUCCUCUUCUUCGUUCGCCAACGGGGGUGGCAGGAGCACGGAUUUUACAAAGAAAGCCACCGCCAUCACCUCCACCAUCAGGAACAACAUCAACAAAAAAGGAGGAGGAGGAGGCAAAAAAAAACAGAGCAGAGGAAAAACGUUGAUCGUGACGGCUGGAACUGAUUAUUAUGAACUUUUAGGUGUUUCGAGAAGCGCGGAUACGAAGGAAUUGAAACGAGCGUAUCGUCAACUCGCCCGAAAAUAUCACCCAGACGUGAACAAAGAACCAGGUGCUGAAGAUAAGUUCAAAGAGAUUUCCAACGCAUACGAAGUUUUAUCGGACGACCAGAAGAAGGCCAUCUAUGAUCAGUAUGGCGAAGCUGGCUUGAAAAAUGGAAUGGGCGGGGGUGGCUACGGAGGAGCUGGUAUGGGUGACUUCACGAACCCUUUCGAUUUAUUCGAGUCCUUUUUCGGUGGAAGUGCUGGAAUGGGUGGAAUGGGAGGAAUGGGUGGAAUGGGUGGACGUUCCUCGGCGCAAGCUCGAAAUAGACCGACACAGGGUGACGACGAACGCUUCGACUUGGAAAUCGACUUUUUAGAAGCUGUUUUUGGCUGUGAGAAGGAGUUGGAUGUGAUGCGCUUGGAAGAUUGUGAUACUUGCUCUGGAUCUGGUGUCAAAGCUGGCACGCGCCCAAGUACGUGUGGAACUUGUGGAGGUCAGGGCCAAGUUAUCGCUACUGUCCGCACGCCGCUCGGUAACUUUCAGCAAGUUACGACGUGCCAAGCUUGUGGCGGUAACGGACAGACUUCAACGCCAUGCCCAAAAUGUGGUGGUGAUGGUAGAGUUCGAAAAAGCAAACGCAUAUCGUUACGAGUUCCUGCGGGUGUAGAUUCUGGUUCACGCUUGCGCGUAAGAUCUGAGGGGAAUGCCGGAAGAAAAGGUGGGCCUCCAGGGGACUUGUAUGUUUUCAUCGCUGUUCGCGAAGAUCCAGAUUUGAAGCGUUUUGAAAGCAUAAACAUAAGCACAACUGUGACCAUUCCGUAUACGAAGGCUAUUCUUGGAACGACAGUAAAAGUGCGUACUGUUGAUGGUACUGUUGAUUUGAAAAUUCCUACCGGAGUACAGCCUGGGGCUACACUUCUCAUGGCAAAGCGCGGGGUUCCGAAGUUGGGAAAUCCCAACGUAAGAGGGGAUCAGUACGUUAAGGUGAAAGUGACCAUUCCAAAUAAGAUCAGUAACGAAGAGAAAGCGUUAGUUGAGGAGUUGGACAAAAACCAGAAAUAG